GCCCAUUGUAUACAGCGGAGGAAACCCUGUGCCGUGAGCAGCCAUCUUGCUUGGAUAGACAGAUCACUUGAGCCAGGAUAACCUGCAUUCCUCAUCUGAACAGCUCAAGAUCACAAAGCUCAAAAGACUUAAUAUCUGAGCCACAAUGGCCACCGCACCGUACAACUACUCCUACAUUUUCAAAUACAUCAUUAUUGGGGACAUGGGGGUAGGGAAGUCAUGUUUGCUUCACCAGUUCACAGAAAAGAAAUUCAUGGCGGAUUGCCCCCAUACGAUUGGCGUGGAGUUUGGUACAAGGAUAAUUGAGGUGAGCGGCCAGAAGAUCAAGCUGCAGAUUUGGGACACAGCGGGGCAAGAGCGCUUCAGGGCCGUCACCCGCUCCUACUACCGCGGGGCUGCAGGGGCACUCAUGGUCUACGACAUCACCAGGAGAAGCACGUACAACCACCUCAGCAGUUGGCUGACUGAUGCCAGGAACCUCACCAACCCCAAUACUGUGAUCAUUCUCAUAGGAAACAAAGCGGACCUGGAGGCCCAGAGGGACGUGACGUAUGAAGAAGCGAAGCAGUUUGCUGAGGAGAAUGGUCUGUUGUUUCUGGAAGCCAGUGCAAAAACAGGUGAAAACGUCGAGGACGCCUUCCUGGAAGCUGCUAAGAAGAUCUACCAGAACAUCCAAGAUGGCAGCCUGGACCUGAACGCCGCCGAGUCGGGGGUCCAGCACAAGCCCUCGGCCCCUCAGGGCGGCCGGCUAACCAGCGAACCACAGCCCCAGAGGGAAGGCUGUGGAUGCUAAUGACCAAGCAAACCCCCUUCAUCUUAUCUUCCCCUCUCUCUGUCUCUCUCUCUCUCCGUCUGUCCUGCCCACCCUCCUUCAACCAUCCCCCCUCCUCCAUCCAUUCCUCCACCUCCAUACGUUCAUCCACCCUCUUCCCUCACUGCACCAGGAGCUGCAUGAGAGCAGGGUGUGGAGGGAAGGAACGGGGGAUGGAUACCGACUUGGGCCAGACUGAGCUGGGCUGUGUGGACUACAUCUCUCCCCUCUUCUUCCUCCUCUCUGCCUGUCUGUCUCCCUUUGUUGCUGUCUCACUCCUCCUCUCUAAACUCUGUCAGUGUGUUGUUGUCCCAUAACUCUCCUCUUUCGCUCCCCUCCGCUCCUCCUGCACCAUUCAGCCUAGUUACCUCCCCCCCCCCCCCCCCCCCCCCCCCCCCCCCCCCCCC